AUGUGUUUUGAUACUUGUCCUACAAACACAGGAUCUGAUAAAGGAACAUGCAGUCGCUUAGAACAAAUGCUAAAAAAGCCAUUACUAUAUUUGGCAUGUCGACAUCACAUAUAUGAGUUGAUUUUGAGAAGCGUUGUUGAAGUUGUUUGGCCAGGAUCAAAUUCUCCUAAUGUACCGAUUUUUGUACGGUUCCAAAACUCUUGGAAGAACAUAGACCAAACAAAGUAUGAGACUGGUAUUCAAGAUUCCAUUAUAAAUAAAGAAGUUCACGGUAAAAAAGACGAAAUAAUUAGUUUCAUCGUAACUGAACUGCAGAAAAAGCAUGACAGAGAUGAUUAUAAAGAGCUUUUGGAAUUAGUGUUAAUAUUCUUAGGUGGUACUCCGAAAAACGGGAUCAAAUUUAGAGCUCCAGGACCAAAUCAUCAUGCAAGAUGGAUGGCUAAGGCUCUAUAUGCUUUAAAAAUCUUCAUUUUAAAAACAGUUUAA